AUGCCUCGAAUCACUAGCCAGUGGUCAGUGAAGCCCACCUCAGGUGGCUGGCAGAAAACUACCGUGUCCAAGUACUCCACAUUUCCUUCAAUGAAACCACAGUUUCGAACCUCGGACGCUUUCAGUGAAAUGUGGGGACGCCUACCAUACAGGAAUCAUCUCAACCAUGCCCAGAUUUAUACAGAUCUGUCGAGGAAAGAGUAUCUAUGUCAACUAAAGACCUGCCUACAGCAGCUGCCCUGUGACCGGACGCUGCAGAUUCGCUGGAGGUUUGACAAGGAAGUGCCGAGCUUUUCCUUGGAUUUCCUCUUUCUCUACAUGUCUAGGUUCGGCAAAGUAGAAGCCAUUUACCAGCAGGCCACCAACGCCUGUUUGGUCUUGUUCAAGAACCACCGCUCUGCCUGGCUAGCGGCCAACAAGAGGGAUCUAGGUCUGCCUUACGGUCGUCUGUUUGCUCGAUGGUGGAACCCACCUCCUCAGGACAGUGACCAGCUGAGGGUGACCAAGCACGUGGAGAAGGCAGCGGAAACAAGAACCAGGUGUCACUCGCUGAUGGACGCUGAUGAUCGAUUGGCAGCUUCUAGUGUCCUCCGGGCCUGCGCUAGAGUCAUCACUGAAAGCAACAGGGACGGCGGACCCACACUGAUGGCCUAUCUCACUGAGGGCGUCAGGAGGCCAGUUUCAUCGUGUAUCGAGAAAGUCAAGCGAACAUUGCCCAGGAAGAGGACCGGGGAGGUGGUGGCGAUCAGCUCAGUGGAGCAGUUCCACAAGGUUAUCAAGCGAGGUCGACUGACUGUGGUGGAUUUCUACGCCACCUGGUGUGGUCCAUGCAAAGCCAUCGCCCCUGUGAUCGAGUCGUGGGCCGCGGAGUUUCGCGAUGUUGUCUUCGUUAAAGUGGACGUGGACGAACACCCAGAAAUUGCCCAGGAGUACAUGAUCUCCGCAAUGCCAACGUUUGUGUUAAUCAAGAACAGCGUGACACUCGAUGUCAUUGUUGGUGCCUUCGAGGAAAAACUGAGAGAAACGAUUCUUGUUUUGAAGUAG